AUGAUUGAAGAGAAUGACACACUUGGUGGAACUUUCCCCUUUAAGCCUCAUUUCUCCUCGGGACCAGGAUUUCGAAUGCACUAUGUUGACGAGGGGCAGGGCUUGCCUGUCCUAUGUCUUCAUGGUGAACCGACUUGGGGCUAUUUAUAUCGAGAAGUCAUCCCAAUUUUGGCACAAAACAACCGCGUAAUUGUCCCGGAUUAUAUGGGAUUCGGAAAAAGUGAAACUCCUCAACAUCUCGAAUAUACAGCGCGACAAAACACCGACAACCUGGAAAUUCUCGUCAAAGAAUUGGAUCUGCACGAUAUCACUCUCGUUGUUCAUGACUGGGGCAGACAGAUUGGGGGUGCCCUGGCUCUUAGACAGGCUUCCCGCAUCCGCCGGAUCGUAGUGAUGAAUACGAUGCUGUCAAUGGGUUUGCCGGAGGAAGAGAUCUGCUGGACCGAAAACAGUAAAGAAUCCGCUUGGUUUGGGUGGGCGGACAGAGCUGUGGCAAAUGGUACCUUUGAAGCUACACUUAUGAACUCUGGGGUGGCUAUUGUCGGCUUGAUGAAGCUACUACAAGGCUUUGAGAGAGCUAAUGUCACUGAGGAUUUCUUCCGAGCCUACUCGCUUCCUUUUGCAACUCCAGAAGAAUAUAAUGGUGUGAUUGCCUUUCCUAAAAGCAUUGUCACCGGCUCAUUCAAGGCGGAAACCGGCUCAGAGAGUCAAAUAUCUGCGGUUCGCGCAAAGCCAGCAAUGAUGAUUGAGGGAACAAAGGAUAAAGUUCUCCUCGCCAAGCACUUCGUGCCUGUGUUCAAGAAAGGCUUUCCAAAUGCAUCGAUACAUUAUUUGGACCAAGCAAGUCACUUUCUGCUAGAAGAUGAGCCUGAGAAAAUCGGCCAGUUGAUUUUGGACUUUAUGAAGAACAGUUAG